CUCGUCGCUCAACAUUAUGGUUCUCUCUUGAAAUAAAGAGUAUAGUUGAAAAUACGCGCAAGCGCGACUGCCUAAGACUCUUAGGUAAAGAGUCGAUCGUUUGUUUAUUUAAGAAAAUGGCUGAUUCUUUAGCAAAGUAUGGAAUUUACAUUGACGAUUUAAGCAAAAUACGCGUAUUAGAGCCAGAAGUGGCAAACCAAGCGAAUAAACUUAAGGAAGAAUGUCAAAAUUUCGUUUCGAGAAUCACUGAAUUUCAAUCAAACUGUAAUGAAUUUUUACAAUUAAUAAAUCAGUUAGCAAAUGAAGUCGAGAAAGAAAAAAUGAGAACGAUCGGAACCCGAAAUUUACUUCGAUCUGUUGCAAAAGAAAGGGAUGCUCAAAAACAGCAAAUUCAGGCACAAAUUGUUGAAAAAUCUAUGGAACUUGAAAGACUUCGUAUACAGUAUGAUUCCCUAAAAAAGAUUGAAAUGGAACAGAUAGAAACAAUUGAACAUUUAACAGUAAAUUAAAAAUUUCUGUUAUAUUAAUUUUGUAAUUAUAAAUCUAUUUAAUAUCUACUUAGCACGUGUUUAUACACUUUCACACAAAGUUGUGUACAAAAAACAAUUGAAAUAGGAAUAUAAGUAAAAGUACAAAAAAAAAAGUAAUUGAUGUGACAUAUAUUAUGAAACAAGAUAUUUAUACAUAAAUUUAUGACGAAGUUUGCAGUUAAGACGGUGUCGGGGUUUAAACCCUUCUUAAUAAGACGGCAUCAAAUGUACAUACAUAUUGUGAAGGUUCUCAACCCCUGAAUCAGAAAGGCACAUUAGUUAAUUCUGAGUAAUACUAUGUACUGUUUCUAGUAUUUAUAUAUUACUGAUUAUUUUUAUAUAAUAGUGUUACUUUUUUUUUCUUAAGUUACUUUCUUCAUAAUUAUAAACAACGUUUAUAUAAUUACUCUUUACUAACAGCCGCAAUUACAUGUGAGCAGUUAUAGAAGGUGAAUAACAGUACAAAAUUGAAGCAACCUUAGACAUUGCAAGUGAUUAAUUUAUAUAAUUAUUUAUCUACUAGCUAUAUUAUAUUAACUGAAUAAAAACUUUGUAUGUUUUGCAAAUGCACAGGUAUUAUUAUAUUAUAUGUUUGUUCUGUGAUAAAAGUACUGCAAUAAAAUUGCAAUUAUGAUAUAAAAAAGAUUUAUAAGGUAUUAUUUUUAUAUUAAAAUGUUAACAACGUUCAUUGUUUAUGUGUUGCAUUUAUAUAGAAAAAAAAUUUGAAUAAUUGUAUAGACGACAAACUAUGUAAGCCCACAGUGUACAUCCAACGAUUUCAGUAAAAAUAAAAUAUGUACUUUGUUAAAAA